CGACAAGUUGGAGUCCUUCUGAUGAGGCGCUUCUCAUUCCUUACAUAAAGCUCCGCCUGCGCUGCUUUUCUUGCUCCGAUCCUCUUUUGCUCUCCACCCAUGGUCGACCUCGAAAAAGUUCAGAAGGACGUCCGUGACACUUCUUUGAGCUCUAUCAAUGUCAACGGUUACUAUGAGGAGGAUCUCCACGAGCCGCCUUCAGAGAGCACUCUUCACCGUGGUCUCAAGGCCCGGCAGAUAUCCAUGAUUGCUCUCGGUGGCGCCGUUGGUACAGGACUGAUCAUUGGGUCGGGUACGGCGCUCCGAAGGGGAGGGCCUCUUGGUCUUCUUCUGGGGUAUUCGUUCGUCGGAAUUGUAUGUUAUAUGGUCAUGAUCGCUCUUGGAGAGAUGGCAGCGUAUCUACCGCAUAAAAAAGGCUUUUCCGGUUAUGCAACUCGAUUUGUUGAUCCCGCGCUGGGGUUUGCAUUGGGUUAUAAUUAUCUCAUGAAAUAUCUUAUAGUAACACCGAACAAUAUCAACGCCGCGGGAGUGGUUGUACAGUAUUGGACUAGGGCAGUUCACACUGCCAUAUGGAUGAGUAUUUUUAUUAUCUUCAUUUUUGUUGUGAAUAUGCUUGGAGUUCGUGUAUUUGGAGAGCUCGAAUUUUGGCUCUCCAGUAUCAAAGUUAUAUCUUUAAUUGGGCUGUUGCUAAUGGGCAUCAUCAUUGAUUUGGGUGGAAAUCCUCACCAUGACCGUAUUGGUUUCCGUUAUUGGCAGCAUCCAGAUGGACCUAUGGGACACUACCUUUUGUCCCAAGUUCACAACGAGCACUUGUCUAUUUUCCUGGGAUUUUGGGCUACUCUGACCAAUGCCCUCUUCGCCUUCAUCGGCACAGAACUUAUUGGUGUUACAGUCGGAGAGGCCGAGAACCCUCGUCGCAAUAUCCCCAUCGCUAUCAGACGCACAUUCUGGCGUAUUCUCGUAUUCUAUGUAGGAGGGGUCUUCGUUAUUGGUCUCAUCGUUCCCAGUACGGCAAACGAUUUGUUCGUCGCUACCAGCGCCAAAACGGGAGCUGCUGCUUCACCGUUUGUAGUUGCGACUACUUUGGUUGGCAUUCGAGUUCUAAACCAUGUCAUCAAUGCUGCUAUCCUAAUCUUUGUCAUGAGCGCGGCUAAUUCCGAUCUGUAUAUCGGUUCGCGUACUCUUUAUGCUCUUGCUGCUGAGGGGAAGGCCCCAAAAAUUUUCACUCGCGUGAAUCGCCUGGGUGUUCCAUAUGUUGCAUCAGCGUUUUGCACCCUGUUUUGUGGUCUGGUGUAUCUCAAUAUUAGUUCAUCCAGCGCCAAAGUUUUCACCUGGUUCGUCAACCUUGUUUCUACAUUCGGCGCAAUAACAUGGAUAUGCAUUUGUAUCGCUCAUCUGGCAUUCAUGAAAGCUCUCAAAGCUCAAGGCAUGUCUCGAGACAGAUUGCCGUACAAAGCGCCCUUUCAGCCCUAUGGGAGCUGGUUCGCGCUCGUCGCAACAUGCAUCAUCACCCUCUUCAAGGGCUAUGAUACAUUCAUACCUUUUACGACCGACACCUUCAUCACGUCCUAUAUCGGCAUACCGGUGUUUAUCGUCUUCUACGUGGGGUAUAAGCUCUACUAUAAGACUAAACAGAUUCCGCCUGAACACGUAGAUUUGGUAACAGGACUGGAGUCCAUAAACGAAGAGGAGGAACAGUUUGUGGCUGCACAAGCAGCACUAGGACCUCGGACUCGGCUGCAGAGAAUUUGGGAUUCACUUUAGGUUAUCGCAUGUGUUGAGUCUGUACCUCUGACUUAUUGAUUUCGUACUCUUAUGUGACAAAUGUAUAACUUGGUGAAUUUUCUUACUAUGUGGAGCCUUUCUGAGACCUGGUACUGGAGUGAGCUGCCGAGACGCUAUGCGCUUAUACAUAUUAUAGACACAGAGCUAUAGGACAGUAUCCGAUGCUACGUAGUCCUGGCAGCAAG